AUGGCAUAUGGAGGAAAGGGAAAAGAAAAUACGACGACUAUAGGGUCGUCAGAUGAUUCUCCUGACACUACCAAAUAUACCGGGCCCGUCUCCAAUGUCUUGCGUCCCAACGCCAACAAUAUUAUCUCGGGCCAUGCACGCGCACCAUACGACUUUGAAUCAUUUGUCGACUUCCUAUCUCGAAACCAUUGCAUCGAGAUAUUGGACUUUUUAUCCGAAGCAAAUGCCUACAGUGACUCUUAUUAUAACUCGGGGGCCUCCGCUUUUGAAGAGCGCAUGACACCCGAGACACGACGCCUGGGCAAGCAGUGGAAGACUAUUAUGAGCACUUACAUAUCCCCCGGAUCUCCAAAUGAGCUUAACAUUCCGGAUGGUAUGCGGAAAGAGCUGCUUAACAAUCACGAUGUUCUUAUCCAUCCGCCGAACCCGACCUUGUUGAAUCCCACCAUCCAGCACGCCCGCGAGCUGUUAGCGGACGGUGUCAUAAUACCCUUCAUGAAUAGUAUUCCGCUGGAAAUACGUUCACGGUCUUUGUCCAUUGACAGAUACCAUCCUCUAUUGCAUUUGCAAGUCGCUUCCGAGACGGAUACUUCAACGCCUCGAGAUGCACGGUGA